GCCUUUCAGGGUUGGGUAAUGACGGAGUAUAAGCUGGUUGUGGUAGGCGAUGGAGGUGUUGGAAAGUCGGCCCUCACUAUACAACUUAUACAGAAUCAUUUCGUUGAGGAAUACGAUCCGACCAUUGAAGAUAGUUAUCGGAAACAAGUUGUGAUUGACGGCGAAACUUGCCUGCUUGACAUAUUGGACACUGCGGGACAGGAAGAAUAUUCUGCAAUGCGCGAUCAGUACAUGCGAACAGGAGAGGGUUUCCUGCUUGUGUUUGCGGUGAACGAAGCGAAAUCAUUUGAAAAUGUUGCUAAUUACCGAGAGCAAAUAAGGCGGGUCAAAGAUAGUGAUGAUGUACCGAUGGUAUUAGUGGGGAACAAAUGUGACCUAGCUCAACGCGCUGUUGAUGGCCGAACCGUAUCAGAAACUGCUAGAGCCUAUGGAAUACCUAUGGUCGAUACGUCUGCGAAAACUAGAAUGGGUGUAGAUGAUGCCUUCUAUACGUUAGUGCGCGAGAUCAGAAGGCACCGAGAACGGAAUCGAGAUGCUCCAAGAAAGAAGAAGAAGUGCUCCAUUCUGUGAAUGGGUAUGUGUGCUCCUAAUCUGCGCCUUCCAAUUAGAGCAUUUCCGCGCCCCUUCAUAUCAUUUCGCUCUCCAUAGUCAUUUCCGUCCGGGAAUUUUUUGAUUUAUGAAAAUCGCAUAUAGCUAUUACGUAAUAUUGAAGCUCAAUGUGUCUGCAGCGUUUCUUUGUGUCUACUUUCACGUGCCUGUCAGUAGGUAACGUCUUGAUUGUUCUUCGCGCAUCGUUUUACUUGUGUGCAUCAUGUGCUGAUGUUCAUCCAUCGGUUCUGUCUUUUCUGGUAUCCUGCUGGUACUUUCUGAACCGAGCCCGAUCCCAGUAGUCAUCAACUACACCGUUGCUGCCCUCCUCACAAUGCGACUUUAACCGAAGUGCUCGAACGGGUUCGAACAUAGGCUGUUCUCAUUUGAUUUCGACGAUUUAUCGCUUUUCGGACCCGUAAGUGUUCUACCCACUUCUUCUCUUCGGAUAUUGUUUUUGUACCAUUGCGCGUGAAUCUAUAUCGCUCAGAAUUUUAUUUAUAUCUACUUUUACGAUUGUACAUUAAUUAUGAGUUCACAGAGUUGUACGAUGCCUACUACUUUAUAAUCGUCGACUUUUUAACGUUGUUUUUGAUUCAUUUGCGAAUGUUAGCCUUUAACUGAUUUGAUUGCGAAGUUUUAUAGACAUCUAUCUCUGCAAAAUUGAAAUUGAAAUUUCUAUUCUUCAUUCCCCAUCUAUUCUUUUCUCGGUGGAAACAGCGAGGACUUCGUUCUCGUAUGUUUGACUUCAAUGAGUUAUGUUGAUUGUUCACUAAAUUAUGUCAUAGCUUGUAUUUUUUCCUGUCAUACGCUGAUAGAUAUUACAUAAUCAAGUAAACUAUUGACCAA